AUGGCCGCCGCCAAGUCCGUCUCGGUGUGGACGCGAGUCGCCGGGCUCUACGGAGCCGCCGGAGUCGGCCUCGGCGCAUGGGGUGCGCACGGCAUCAAGAGCGUCGACCCUGAGUUCAAGGCGAUUUACGAGACGGGCUCGCGGUACCACUUCGCGCACACGGCGCUCAUCGCCCUGUCGCCGCUCGCCCGGCGGCCGCACGUGACGGGCGCGCUGGCGGCGACGGGCACGGCGCUGUUCAGUGGCUCGAUGUACCUGGUGGGCGUGAACGAGGACCGCGCGUACGGCAAGGCGGGGCCCGUGGGCGGCAUGUUCCUCGUCGCCGCGUGGCUCUCCCUGGCCCUGUGA